UUUGGCUUAUUAGAGUUUACCACCAAAUGACCAUGGCUUAAAGAAGUUCAGCCCAAUGGAAUCAGUUAACCGAGGGAAGUCGCACAGGAAAGACGUUUAAACGCUGAAACAAAACGCAAACAAAUUGUUCCCCCCACUCAGGCAUUGAAUACAGGCCUUUGACGGCAAAAGAAAGAUACGUGAAAAAAGAAAGUGAAGCAAAGAAAAAAUAGCCACAAAAAUACGAAAGAAAUUUAUUUGUACCAAAAGAAAAAAUUUGAAAUUGAAAUUCACAAGAAAACAAAAAAUAUUUUAACAGAAAUUUUGAAAUAAUAAAAAAGCCCGAAUUGAGUGAUUUUCGAAUAACAUAAUCAUCGACGUUUGGGAAAUUAUUACAACAGUUGAAGUUCGAAUUAUUAACUCUCUUUGGGAUAUGUACUCUCAAAUCAGUUAAUCUCUCUGAGAGUAGUUUACAAACCCCAUUCCUGAAGAGUAAUUCUCCACAACAACAAAAUGAGUGCAAUAGCCAAUACGGCGGCGGUGGUUGGUGGCGCUUUGACGGCGGCCACCAGCAAUAGCUGGUUCAUACCCACCCUACUGGCGGCCAUAGCCUAUUUCCAAUAUGAAGAAAUUAUGGAUCCAGAAUCUAAGCCCAUAGACACGGCCGGAGAUGAAAUAAGGGAUCAUUAUGAUUUCAUAGUGAUAGGAGCGGGAUCGGCUGGGGCGGUGGUGGCGAAUCGUUUGACCGAGGUGGAAAAUUGGAAUGUGUUGCUAUUGGAGGCGGGCGGUGAUGAAACGGAAAUAUCGGAUGUUCCACUGAUGGCGGGAUAUUUGCAGCUAAGUAAAAUGGAUUGGAAAUAUAAAACGGAGCCAUCGGGUACCACAUGUCUGGCCAUGAAUGGUGGUCGCUGCAACUGGCCAAGGGGCAAGGUCCUGGGUGGUUCCAGUGUUCUGAAUUAUAUGCUGUAUCUUCGAGGCAGUAAACAUGAUUAUGAUAGCUGGGAGGCCUUGGGCAACCCUGGUUGGGGUUAUCGUGAUGCCUUGUAUUAUUUCAAGAAAUCUGAGGACAAUACCAAUCCCUAUUUGGCCAGUACCCCUUAUCACUCGACGGGUGGUUAUUUGACGGUGGGAGAGGCGCCCUAUCACACACCCUUGGCGGCAAGUUUUGUGGAGGCUGGUGUGGAAAUGGGUUAUGAAAAUCGUGAUUUGAAUGGUGAGAAACAGGCUGGCUUUAUGAUUGCCCAGGGUACUACCAGGCGGGGCAGUCGUUGCAGUACUGCCAAGGCCUUUUUGAGACCGGCUCGCCUAAGACCCAAUUUACACAUUUCCAUGAACUCGCAUGUCACAAGAAUCAUGAUUGAUCCUGUCAGCAAAUUGGCCUUUGGUGUGGAGUUCGUAAAGGAUCAAAAGCUCUAUCAUGUUCGGGCCAAAAAGGAGGUGAUUUUGUCGGGAGGUUCGGUGAACUCGCCCCAAUUGCUGAUGUUAUCGGGUAUUGGGCCGCGCAAGGAAUUGGCCAAGCAUCGCAUACCGGUCAUCAAGGAGCUGAAUGUGGGUGAGAAUAUGCAGGAUCACAUUGGCCUGGGAGGUUUGACCUUCAUGGUUAACCAACCGGUGUCGAUUGUGGAGAAUCGAUUCCACUCCAUGUCCACGGUGUUGCAAUAUGCUGUCUUUGGUCAGGGCCCCUUGACCAUUUUGGGCGGGGUGGAAGGUCUGGCCUUUGUUAAUACCAAAUAUGCCAACACCUCUCUGGACUGGCCGGAUAUUGAAUUUCAUUUUGUCUCCGGCUCUACAAAUUCCGAUGGCGGCAAUCAGCUGCGCAAGGCCCAUGGCCUGACAGAUGCCUUUUAUCGUACGGUCUUUGAGAAAAUCAAUAAUCACGAUGUCUGGAGCAUUAUACCCAUGUUGUUGAGGCCACGCAGCAAGGGUUCCAUAAAACUUCGAUCCGGAAAUCCCUUCGAUUAUCCCUACAUUAUACCCAACUAUUUGACAGAUGAUUUCGACACCAAAACUCUGAUAGAAGGGGUGAAAAUUGCCGUGGCCCUUUCGAGAACGAAGGCUAUGCAGAGGUUUGGUUCCCGACUCUCGGCCAUCAAGUGGCCUGGAUGCCAGCACCUACAAUUAUUCACCGAUCCUUAUUGGGAGUGUAUGAUCCGGCAUUAUACAGUGACAAUUUAUCACCCAGUCGGCACAUGUAAAAUGGGUCCCUAUUGGGACCCCGAAGCUGUGGUAGAUCCCCAGCUGAGAGUCUAUGGUAUUCGUGGCCUGCGCGUCAUCGAUGCCAGUAUCAUGCCCAAUUUGGUCAGUGCCAAUACCAAUGCUCCGGUCAUUAUGAUUGCCGAAAAAGGCUCCGACAUGAUCAAGGAAUUUUGGAUUAAAAACACCGUGGUGUAGAGCGGGGGUGGGGGUGGAAAGGGAAGGCGAAGAAAUGAGACCAGUGAAUGAAAUAUUAUUUUUAGAUUUAGAUUUUUAAGUUAUGUGAAACCAAAUGAAAAAAUAAAUUUAGUGUGCCUGUCAUAGUUUAGAAAUUUAUAUAAACAAAUAAGAAUUAUUUAUUUAAGCAAAUUUUAUUGACAAGUAAAUUUAAAUUUU